CUCGCGAGAAUUUAAAAUGCUGGAAAUUCAAAAUACUAUUUUUAUAUUUGUAUUGCAAUUUUCUAUGCAAAUCGGGAACAUCAAUUAACAGACAAUGUAUAGAACACACAGUGAGGAAGAUAUGUUCAACAAUGAUGACCCUGAGUCAACAUUGACACCAACCAAUAUGUCCCACAAUGAUGAACCAGAUAGUGACCCUCAAUUGUUUGAAUCUGAGGAUUAUAUGUCACAAAGACAUUAUAAUGCACGAAUCAGGAGAAAGAAACUUAGCAGUAGAAAACAUCAAAGUGAGGCUGGUAGACGUUAUAUUGACAGUAAACAUCAUUCACAUCAAAAAGAGCCUAGUGUAAGAGAUGAUACGUCAAGCUUGGAGAGUUUGGACGACUUAGGGAUGACCUCAAGAAAUUUACCAGAGGAAGUCGAAGAAGUAUACUUAGAACUACAAGCAAUUAGUGACAGAUUGAAGAGAGAAAGUAAAAUAUUACAAGAACGGGAAUUUCUUCUGCGUGAAAAAGAAAGACUUAUUGAUGUGUCACAAAAAAAUGUAAAAAGUAUUGCUGCACAGGAAGUAAACAGGAGGUGGAAGGAGUAUGAGGAGCAACACAAAGCAGAGUUGUCGAGAAUGGAAGAAUUAUUGAAAGAAAAAACACGAGAAAACAAGCGCCUGAAGGACAACUUUGAUACAGUGAAGCAGGCCAAUGAAACAUUGAGGCAUGAGCUUGAAACUUUGCAAGAGCAGCAUGAAAAACUAGAGAAACAAGCAAUGAGCACACAAGCACGAAUGGUCAACUUACAUAGAAAGAUGGAGUUUGCAACGAGACAGAAGGAUGUUCAGGUCAUCACAACGGAGACUGCCAAACUGAAGGCCAAUAAAGAAAACAAAGAAAGUAAGACACAACCACGUUCUGUCCUUAAGCCAACUACCAACACAUAUGAUGUCCUUACAAACCUACUGGAGUGGGUAUCUGAGUCUCAUCUAAGAUCUGUAAUUACACACCUUCCAAGUAAUAUGAACACUUCUACAGAGGUGGUACAAGAUAAAUGUUAUAAGUUAUUACCAAGCUUGGUGGAGAUUCUACGUGAGAUGCCUCAACUGAAUGUGCGGAAUUAUUUGCCAAGUUUACAGUUUAUUUACUGGUCACUGCUACAUAUAGAACAAGGUCAAGUACACAUGAAAACAGCCCUUUCAUCAACUCUUCGUAGACUUGGAGAGGAACUCUACCGCCCAAAAUCUGUCCGCUUUACUGAUGACAACAAAUCUAUCCCACAAUCCCCUGCCAAAUCUCCACAAAGUUUGGAAAAAUCUCGAGAAAAUUUAUUUUUUCGUAGCAGUGAUGAGCACAUUAGGUUUCUGUCUGGGCUGCUAGUGCUGAAGACUCUCACUCAAGUCGAUCAACUGGCUCAUGUAUUUGAUGUACUAAGAAGUGAUUUGAAGACAGAGUCCACACGUCAACUGUACCUCCAUUAUGUAGCAACUCCAGCUAUCAUUCCGUAUCUCAAACCUACUAAUCAGGCAUUGUUAACAUGUGCUGUUGACAUUUUCCUACAGAUGUCUAUGGAUUCACCCACACUUCCAUAUUUCCUAGAGAGCUGUAGCAAUGAGCACUGGUUCCGGGCAUGCUCAAUGGUCCUGCGCACUCCAAAUUUGCCUGAUAAAAUCACUGAAAAACUGAGUAUCAUCUUGCAGAAAUUAUCAAAAAUAAAGAGCAAUAGAAAGUUCUUUGAAGUUUUCACCAUCACUGGUAUGGUACAAGAGACCAUACGGAAAUGCACAAACCAGAAUGCAUUUCUCGCACUCAAUAUGAAAUCCAUCCUUGUCAACUUGAAUGUGCGAAGUUAAAUGAGAAAAAGACAAUAAAACAGUACCAGGAACAUAAAUCUUUUUUGUACUCAUCCCAGUUUGAAGAACUGUGAUUUGGUAUAUAAAUGCAGACUAUAAUAGACAUUGAUGAGGAAAAAGUGUAUAAAAUGCAACCAACUGUGAUAGCAAUUUAGGCAGGAUCCAAGAAUAGACUUAGCCAGAGAAGAUAUUGUACUUCUAUGGGACAAAAUGUGUAUCCACACUGUUGGAUAAGUAGCACGUAGAAUGUGCAUCAAGAAAUCAUACAAUGUACAGAAUUAUAUGUAAAUGUUGCAUGAAACCCUUGUUUUACCCACUCUCAAUUACCCAAAUGUGAGUAGGUAGUUACCAGUUUCACCACCAGGUGGCUGAUUCGGGUCAAUUAACAUGGCAG